CCAUCUCCGUCCCGCAGCUCACACAACGCGCUGACUCCCGCCCGUCUCCGAAGAGCACUCACUCCAGACCGCUUAUCGAAACUCCAUAAUCUUGGUUUUCUCCCUUUCGCGCCGCCAUGCUUCGAUCCCUUUGCGCGAAUUGGUUGCUGCUGCUCCUGGGCACCGGCCUCGCUCCCAUCGGCGCCACAGCCCAGGCCGCCGGCCAGGUCCGCCUCGCUUGGCCGACACAGCACCAUCAGGUCGACCCUGCUAUCCUCGAUGCGUUGAGGAAGCACUCGGACCCUGUUGAUGCGCUGGUCUCGCUGCAUCCCGAGAUGGCCGCCCAGCUCGCCCAGCCCCGUCUGCUGCACGUGUUUGGAGAGCCGGCCGCCAAAUGGAUGACCGAGGGCGACAAGCUGCGUCUCAAGCGCCAGGGCAAGAAAUUUGCCGACAUCACAGACCAUCAGGAAUUCUACGGCCAAGACUUGAGCGCAAUGGCUGGAGAAGCCCACCUGCCGAAGCUGUCACACCAGAGAUUCGUGAAGCCGCUUUUUCACCAUGUGUCUCAAAGGAGGAUAAAGGACGUGCUGCGGCACAUGACCAGCUAUUAUACGCGGUACUUUGACAGCAUCACUGGCGAGCAUAGUGCGAUGUGGCUACACGACCACAUCGCUGAUAUCAUCAGGGAAUCCCCCUUUCACACGCAUAUUUCGCUCGAGAUAUUCACGCACCCCUUUGCCCAACCGUCCAUUAUUGCGCGCUUCGAGCCCAAGGUGCGAAACUUUUCGCAGCCUCUGACCAUUCUCGGCGCGCACCAAGACUCGAUGAACUACCUGUUCCCCCUGCUUCCGUCCCCCGGCGCCGACGAUGACUGCUCCGGGACCGUCAGCAUCCUCGAGGCCUUCCGGGUCCUGGCACACAGCGGCUACGUCCCCAUCAACGGGCCGGUCGAGUUCCACUGGUACGCCGGCGAAGAGGGCGGCAACCUGGGCAGUCUGGCCAUUGCACGGUACAAGAAAGAAUCGGGCGCUCGCAUCGGCGCCAUGAUGGAGUUUGACAUGACGGCCUUUGUGGCCCGGAAUGCCACCGAAUCCAUCGGCUUGAUCGAGACGCAAGCGGAUGCCGCUCUCACCAAGUGGGUAGUUGACCUGGCCAAGGAAUACGUGUCCAUCCCAGCCAAGAUAUACCAACUGCCCAGCAACGCCGGCUCCGACUACAUGGCCUUCACGCAGUUCGGCUACCCCUCGACGUUCGCGACCGAGGGCAACCCAUCACCCUUCCCCGGCGAAUACGAUCCGUACAUCCACACCGUCAACGAUACGAUGUACGUUGACGACGAGACGGGCGUCUUCUCCAUCGAGCACAUGGCUCGGUUCUCGGAGCUUGCGAUUGCCUUUGCCGUCGAGCAAGGGGGCUGGGACAACAAGUGGCGGUAAAGAAAAACGCUGCUGGUUGGCAUUGGCCUUGCUUGCCUCUGGAGGUCACAGUAGUCACCAGCCCAAUUGGCAAUAACCCUGUGCUAGUAUCUUGGAUAAAUAGCGAGUGCAAGUUGAGGGAGGCAGCGUGGCGAAUUCCGUGGUCUAGGGCAUAGGAAUUGACUUCCAUCAUCAUGCUAGCAGCGUCGCCGGUCAAGAAUGCUUAUUUUGUUGUUCCAGACAUCUCGAUCGAUAGCGGCCGCCGGGGUGGCGGCUGUUGAUCCUCCUGAGGGCGCCACUGAAUCGGUUUGUGCGCGAG